GGAAGUCCCCGUCAAUAACAACAGCGCGAACUUUCGAAGCUGCUCCCCGAAACUCUUCAAAAUCCGUAAAUGGCAGAAAAGCCUUCAAAGUCUAAACUGAAAAGAAAGAAAGUUUCUGUGGAGGAUCCUCAGUUGAAAAAAUGUUUAGGAGGAACGCAGAAAAGGACUCAUACAUCGAUUUCAGAGGCUGAAAGGUGAGUUUGGUGUUCUCUGAUAGUUUUGGAUGAACCACAUUUAAAAAUUUACAAUUUAAAAGGUUUCACACUCACCAUAUUAACGUAACUGCUUGAGGAAUAUUAGUAUGGAUCAUAUAAGAAAAACUGGUUUCCAUGAAUAAUUCGGCGGGUUGAUGAAUCACCUGUUCAUACUUUUAAGAUCUUAAACUCCUGAUUUAUUUUAUGUGGUUCGCUCUGUUCUACAAAAAAAUACGGAGGGUUCAUGACACAUCCAAACACAGGAUUUUGACGGCGUUAAGUACACUUCUGGCUCUAGCUUUAGGUUAAUAAAAAGAAAAUGGUAGAAUAUAAAUUAACAAAAAGACUUAUAACUCAGAUAAAGUGCUGUUGACUUCUCUGGAGAUCUAAUUGGCCAUUCACAAUAUAUAUACAUAUAUAUAUAUUUUUCCUGACAGUGUGCAGGAGUUGCUUUUGGUAUUUAAAAAUUACACAUCAUAAACAUUGCCAUUUGAACAGUUAAGCUUGGGUAAUACUGGUGGAAGGCGGAACCAAGUCGUCCAUAGUAUAUUCAGUCUAUGCUUGUGACACAUCAAUGCCCAAUUUAAAUUUGAUGUCAGCAACAUGAUUUUAAAUAUUGGUAAAAGAACAACCAAACAGCUAAAAAGUUGUGUAGUGGCAAAAAAACAGCAGGGUAAACAUCGGCCAACUAAUGAGGGUAAUGUCCAACGGGUUAGUAGCAUGACUGGGUAUAAAAUGGACAUUCAGAGAGGCUGAGUCCAUGCAUAGAGGAAACCAGUCAGAAACAUGGUCCAGAAACAGCUGAGACUUCUCUGUACCUGAGCCCGCUUAAGGUUGACAGAGGGCAAGAGGAAAACAGAGGGACUAACUUUCAGUUAAGUGUCAAUUUGCAAGCCAUCUGAAUCUACUUUUAUGAUAUUUUACACAGUGUCCCAACUUUUAUGAAAUUGGAUGGGAAAUAAAUAAUGCUCCAGUUGGGCCACCCCAGUCUAAAAAAUCUGGACACACCCCUGAGUAAAAACACUACUCUGACAGCCAGGAGCAUAAAAUAGUUUGGCUCAUGAUGGAGUUUUUCUUCCACACCAGGGCUGUAUAAUGAGUGAUUUGGGAGGAAUUGUGUUGCAGCAUUCGGCACAACAGCUCUGAGCUGAAUUUGACUUAUUUUUUAUGCUUUUGGAAACAGAAUAUAUAAUGAGAAGCAGAAAUGGAAAGCAAAUGAGUGCAUGCUUAAAAAGGGGAAGCUAGAGCCAAUGAUAAUUUAACCUUAGUAAUAGAAUUUAAUUAACUCCUCUCCCACACAAUGUCAACUAAACAGAAUAUUCGACUCGAAAAGGGCAGCAUUUAUUGCAUGGCUGAUCCAUUAGAUUACACGGAUGGACAUAAUAAAUUCAUAACUCACUGAGAGGCUAAAGCCAAGCAGGAAAACAAAAUCUUUGAGAAUUUCCAGGAAAUUUCCUCCUGGAAAUGGCCCGAUGGGAACACUCUGGUAGAUAAUAAGAAGAGUAAAAACACAGAAGAGUGGGCUUACAUUUCAUUACUUACACCAAAGAGGAGAAAACAGAGAUCAAGCUGUCUGACAGUCAUUAUACAUCCAUCACAUGUUUACAGCCCUCAGAAAAUGUUCCUGUUCUUGUUUCUAAAAACAUUUUAGCUUUACUUUUUUUAAUAUAUGCAGCGGGGUCGGAUCUACAUGUUUCUCUCUCUGGCUUUGUAAUUGACACAGGAGCACGCUGUGCACCACAUCAAAGAGAUGUUUCAUAAAUAAUUUGAUUGACAGAUUAAAAAUGCAUACAAAAUAAUUUAAAAAGAGAAAGUCUGAAAUCUUCAUUGAAUUUCUCUCUCUCCUGCUGGGUGUCAGAGGAUUAAAUCUACUUUUUAACAUCUGGAAACUCAUGAUGAACUCGUCAGAAGUGUGGUAUAAAAUGCAACAGAUUUCUAAUGAGAUGUCACAUACAGAAAGCAUGCUGGGUGGUUGUGUGUAAAGACAAGGCCAAGUUUGAUCAGAGAGGGAGAACUAACUAAACAUCAGGGAUGUGUUAGUAGACAGUAUGGAGGCUUUUCCCUGAAUUAUGUUAAAAAAAGAUGUCAAACACUGGAAAGUGUGUGUGGCUGAGCACGUUUCUCAGUUCUGAUGAAAACAUUUUCACCAGUGGCACCUCCUCAUGAAUUUCCUCUUUUUUGAGUCUAAUAUCAGGAUGAAGUUAGCACAAACAUUAAACGUUAACAUUUUCUCAAGAACACAUUAUAUCAGACCAUGACAGUCUGCAGUAAAAUAUAAAGAAGGAUGCCAACAAAACGGCAACAUGUCUGAUAGAGUAAUAUUGAAUUUCCCCUCAGUGAUCAAUGAAGUUCUUCUUCCUCUAAAAUACAGCUGCCUCGUGUAUCCAGGUUCACAUCCGCUGAUAUGGAUGAUAUUUUGCACUUGCUGCUGGGGGUGGGUCUGUACUCUCUGAAAACGGUCUUCUUUCUACAGGUCAGCUGUUCCUGCAGCCGUGUGGUGGAACGGAGAGCAGCUUCCUGCUGUGGAGUCUCUUUGGGCGCUGACACUCAAGUCUGCUCUGCCGCAACUGCAGAACCAGAACUGGGAUCUGGUUCCAGAUCUCCCAGAACCAUCUGCAGUGGUAUGUACUACUCUUUCCAGAGUUUUAGAUUUGAAGUUGUGGGUGAUUCCAUGUGUGAAAAUGCAGCAGGUUUUAUUUGUGGCGAACAAGUGGCAUGAGUGGCAUGACAGUGGCGUUACUCUGCAACACACUUGUUUUCUGCUGUUGUGUUUGGAAAACAUUGCAGUGACAUGAACAACAAACGGGAGACAUUUCUCAAAACUCCUGCUCUCCAUGCUCCUCUGAGGUGCUUCCCCUCCUGGCUUUAAGAACCCUAACCCAGUAUUUUCACUUACAAGGACAUGUCUUUACCUGCUGUGAGAUUCGUGCAAAAGGGUGGGAAAUGUCAGGACCUGAAAGUCUGUAUAUUGUCUGGAAUUCUUGUGUGAAAGAUGCAUAAGAGAGUUGUGUAUCUGUUUCCUCUUUAUUAUUUUUCCUACUCCUCACUACACCUGAAAUAUUCCACUUAUGAUCCCAUUUGCAUCUGUUGGAUUUUGGCUCUCAGUGACGGUUAACUGGUUGAGUUUUCUUCUUUUAAGUGAUAAAAUCGCCAAAGAUUCUGAAUUUCCCUUUACUGGCAAUCAAUUCAGAUGGACUACUUUCAUCCAAAAAGGGGGCGGAGCUGCAACUAAGGGGCAAAAUAUCUGAAUGGGGUGUCAUCCAUGGGCAGUUUUAGGGACUUUUUAAGGGCAAAGAUAAGAAUGGAAAGCAUAAAGUUCAUCUUUAUACAGAAAGAUGUUUUCAUGUUUUACUGAGGUGAAAAUCAACUCUGUCCUACUUUUCUCUCUGUUAUGACAGACAACGACCGCUCUGAAAGAGGAUGAUCUGCGGUGUUGUGACCUCAGAGACGAGAUCCCUCCCUUCCCAGAACCGUCUUCAAGAAUUCAAUCUGGUCCUCUCAGGUCCAGUUCCUCCCAGCAGGACCCUCCAGUUCAAACCAAACCUGCACCAGAUUUAGACCCACAGCUGUCCUCACAGAGCAGGACGAGUCUCGACAUCAAGAGAAGGUCUCUUCAAGCCAAAAGACAAUCAAGUGUUGGAGGAAACAUGUCUCUAUCAAACCAACAGGAGGUAUCUGAUUGCACAGACUUAAUGCAGGAAGUUCAGAAUAAAGAGGAGAUGAAGAGGAGUGACAGAGGAGCAGGAGGAAGAGUGCUGCAGAGCUGUCCCAUGUGCCUGCUGGAGUUCCCUGUUGGGUGAGAGCUGCAGCACCUUUUCAUCUUUUUUUAAAAUCUCAAAUCACACCAGUUUUGCUCUCCCAUCUCUGUAAUUUUUUGUCCUAAUUUCUCGUUUUUUGGAGAAGCAUGUUGGCGUUUCAGUCCCACUCACUGGCUCAUUGUGCAGCUGCCUUUCAUUUCCAGCUAUUUUCUUUUUUAUUCUCUGCACCCACUGCUCUCUCUGUGCUACAAUUUGGGAAAAAAACAACAUUUAUGAUGUUUCGUACUUGCUGUGGUGAUGAAAAGGAUGCACAUUUGAUUUAGUGAGGAACAUUUCUUACUAAUCCCCUUCAGCUCCCGAUCCACUGCUUCACCUCAGCAGGCAAACAGGUGGCUUUUAUAUGCACAGCAACAACAAAUGCAAAUAUCAUCGAUGCUUUCUCUCCAGCACACCUCUGAGUUCAAACUCUGAGUACUUCCAUGUCGAUAAAACAUACUUUCAGACUUUUAUUAUUCAUAAUCUGUUCAUGUUUUCAGGCCAAAACAGCACUAGAGCUGUAAUUAGAGCUUGAGUUUGUUUUCUUAAAGUAAAAGAGACUUUUAGAAUCAAUUUGACGGUCUGUUCAGCUCAUUCUAGCGCUAAGUGCUUUCUUUAAUCAGUCAUAAAACGAUCCAGGUUCAUUAAAAAAAAUACCUAUUAAAUGAUGCUGCUCGAGCAUCAGAGGAGGUGAAAGAUAUAAUAAGUUUGUUAUGUAAUUGUAAUAUUAAUCAUAUGAAAGCUUUUAAAUUAUUAUAAUUUUUUUUAAAUUACAAUACAGGGGCGGAGAUGUCCCAUCUUGGCAUUUUUACAUCGAUCAGAGACCUCUAAUGUGAGGCAAUCAUCUCAUCUAAUCCAUAGGGGCAGCUGUCACUAAACUCAAUCUGCACUUGGUUCCUUUCAAAAUAAAAGCACGUGUGGUGUUGGAACAGAGAAAAAGGAACAUGGACAUCAAGCAAAAAAAAAAAAAAAAACAUGUAUCACAAGUAACAGUUUUGAAAGUCAACCUCCUCUUUAAAGCUUGAACAUGAAAAAAAAAGAAGUGAAAACUGUAUGUGUCAGUGUGUGAAUGUGAGUCCAUCUCUCUCCUUGUUCUGGUCUCUGCAGGUUCACACAGAUGGACUGCGACAGCCACCUGGCCCAGUGUCUGUCAGAGGUAAACGAGGAUGUCACCUGGUGAGGGGGCGGAGCUCUGGAGCUGCACAGAUCCCCCUUCCCCACAGGAUUGUUUGUCAUGAAGGAGGACACACCCAGAGUGAACAGAGGCAGAGGUAUUCCUGGAGAAAACAGACGAUAUAAAAGUAGAUGCAGCAUUUAUGAAUCCUCCUCUGGUCAGGAUAUCUGCGCUGAUCCUCGUCUGCUCUCAGAUUUGAAUUCACCUUCUUUGGCUCUACAUCCACUUUCUUUCCUCUGCUUUGUCAUAUCCACUUGUCCUCCAGCUAUUCUGGUUCCAGCUGGUUAAGAGGACUUCCAAAAUAAGAUGACGAUCCAACCCUCCACAAUAAAAGCAGGCCACAGCCUCCACAUAGAAACAUGUCAGAGAGUGGGUGAAUGUAAUUGGACAGCUGCACAGAAAUAACAACUGACUCAUCUUCGGCCUAAAAAACUGCAACUGUUAUCCUUAUUUCUCAGAUUCAGUGGUUGAAAUUAAUAGCUGUUGUUGAAAUGACUCAUUGAAGUUUUUCUUUUACAUGAAAACAGUUUGUGUCUCUUGUUAACGCUGAACAGUGGAGUCAAAUGAACAAGAUAAAAAGUUAUUUUGACUUUUUAAUGAAGGAUUUGAAAAUGUUUGACUCUGCUGUUUUUGCAUGAAUUGAAUUUGUUUGUGUUCAGAGACUUUUCCUGUUCCAGCGCUGAUUAUUAUUAUCUUUUUUUUUUUUUUUUUAACAAGCAAAUGAGUUCACAACUUUUGGUAAUGAGGUUGUCAUCUGUAGCCUCAGCAGUGUCAUAUAACUCUUACAGCUAAUCUGUGUUUAGGGUUUUUGUUGAUUUGGCCUCUGGAGCACCCUGAAGCCGUCCUGGUGUUCCUCAGUUUCUGUUCUCUGCGCUCUUAAAUAAAAGUUGUUCUAAGCUGCAUGUAAUCGUUGCAGCCCAGUUGCAUUAGCAAAUAAAUAAUUUAAGAGACUACGUAUAUGCUCGCCAAUGCAACAAGUCUGUGAUGAUCACAUGCAGCUGUUAAAUGAUUACAUUUAAUCAUAAAUAUGCAGCAGAAUAGACCAGUUCUGUUUUAUAUUUCUCCAUAUGUUAUCAGGCUGCUGUAAUACUCUCUACCACAAUAAAUCUUAAGAUGGCAUGGUUAGGGCUGCUAAACUAUGGCAAAAAUCAUAAUCCCAAUGAUAUUUUUGUCGUUAUUUAACUGAAUGAAAAGAGUUAAAAGAAAAGUUAGAAAGUAUAAAUGUUCGAUUGAUUAGUAACCUGAAGAGACACCAGCUCUGACGUUGUUUUCGAUGCACAAUAAAUCUUAAACAUCAGCAUUAAAAAUGCCAAAUCUCAUCUCUGCUAAAACUA